GUCUGGCCGUUCUUAUGAUUCAAUCCUGCAAAGGUCUGAGCUUGAAAAUACUCGCUGACUUGGCUUCCUGGUGAUGUCGCUGUUCAGUGCCACGUGUUGUCGCUCUGCCUGGGAGGAAUACGCUCCCCGGAUCGGGCCCGUGGCUGGCACGCUUUGGCGAUCUCUGGAAUCUGAGGUUUUUUUCGGUUGUGAUCUCGCGCUGGCUGGAUGACGUCACAAUCUGCCCAUCCAGAGGGAGCCAGCUGUGGCAGGUGCUGGCAGGACAGCUGCGAGCUGGGGAGGGGUGGGUGAAAGGUCCCGUUUGCGUGGGGCCGGUGGUUUUGAUCCCUGUCAGCCGGUGGCCACGUGCGAACCGUGGCCACGGAUAGGCCUACCCCAUUCCGUGCUGCUCCCGCACCUGGCGUGUUCCAUCAUUAGGCGAGGGUGUGACAGAGUCCAAGGACUGAAAUCAUCCAGAGCCCUGGUUCCAUCAGAAUAUACCUCCGGAGUGACCCACGCCCCACUGGCGCGAAGCUACCCCUCUUCCCUGGCACCUUCCGCUUGAAUCUCAAACCUUAGCAGAUGUAGCUCCAUCUCCACUUCAAAGCUUGGUUCAGGGCUGCCGAGCCGGCGCGUGAGCCAGCAUGAACGUGGGGACGGCCCACAGCGAGGUGAACCCCAACACCCGCGUCAUGAACAGCCGAGGCAUCUGGCUCUCCUACGUGCUGGGGAUUGGCCUGCUGCACGUGGUCCUCCUCAGCAUCCCCUUCUUCAGCGUCCCCGUGGUCUGGACACUCACCAACCUCAUCCACAACAUGAGUAUGUACAUCUUCCUGCACACCGUGAAGGGGACGCCCUUCGAGACGCCGGACCAGGGCAAAGCCCGCUUGCUCACGCAUUGGGAGCAGAUGGACUACGGGGUGCAGUUCACGGCGUCGCGCAAGUUCCUGACCAUCACGCCCAUCGUGCUGUAUUUCCUCACCAGCUUCUACACGAAAUACGACCGGAUACACUUCAUCAUCAACACCAUCUCCCUCAUGAGCGUCUUGAUCCCCAAGCUGCCCCAGCUCCACGGAGUCCGGAUCUUUGGGAUCAACAAGUACUGAGUCCCCCGGAUGAAGCAAGCCGCGGUGGGAGGGGAAAUCCAGUCGUCGUCCUCCUCCUCCCUUCCCCCCCACCUGGGAUAGACCUUCCUGACGGCUGUUUAAAGGCAGUAGCCAAUAGACUUGUGUACUGCAGGCAGGAUCCUGGUGCCCAGUAAAUCUAAGCAAGCUCUGGAGUAGCAGAAUCCUCGGUAGAGCUUAGCAGGGAGCCAGCAGUCGGGGAAGGGGAGGGGUUUCUUGUACUCCGGUAGAUGCAGAUAGGCUAAGACGUUGAGGUACAAUAGUCAGGCUUUCGGGAGGCUCCCGUCCAGAGGCCAAGACAGGAGAGAGCAGGGUCGGGAGGGGUAUGAGUAUGACACAUGCACUUUACAAUACGUUGAUCCUUUUAGACACUAGAUGCCACUCAAAGGGCAAUUCUGGGGGGGCUUGGCCACAUUUCCCAGGCGUGAAAACCUUAAUUGGCCACUUGGCUUUUGCGAGGUGGAUUUCUCUUCCCCCCUCUCUCCUCCGGCGGGGGAGGAAUGGGUUUUUUUUUCCCAACGAGAACACAGGAAGGAGCAACCAGGCAUUUCUGGCAAAGUUUCCCCAUUUCCCAACAUUUGUAUCAUUCGGAGAGGAGGGAAUUGGAGUCCACUUCCGAGUUUUUCAGUGAAUUUAAACAGUUACCAGCGUUGGGGUGUUGGUUUUAAAGCGGA